AUGGUCAUAUUAGGCGGCUUGGAGCUUGUCGCAGCCGGAUACCUGCUCAAGGAAAUCCACAACGACAGCAAAGAGGAACAAGAGAGGGAGCGAGAGAAAAGAAGGAGACGGAGACGCCAUUCUCGUGAAGACCAUCACCGCCCGCAUCGCUAUGAUGAUCCGAACCCGAACCGUCCAUCUCGUCCACCCCAGCAACAGCUCCAUCCACCCCAACAGCCUGGUGGUCCGCCACGACCAUACAGUGCACCGCCGCCGCAGAAUCGACCGUCGAUGAUGCCGAUGGCAGUGGCAAGUGCGCCAAUGUGGCACCCACCACAGCAACAUGGUCUGCCACCUCAGCAAAGGCCCCCGCAGAGUUAUGGGACAUGGCCGCAGGGACCAUCAUCACAACAGCAGCGACCAUCUCAACCCCAGCCUCAAUGGCAAGGCAGCCCCCCUCAAAACAAUACAAACAACAGUUUCGUCCCUCCACCCCUCCAGCGGCCCGCAACAGUGUAUCCCCCCCCAGGGGUGCACAUCGACCUGAAGACAGGCAAGAUCCAGCAUGAUAUGUAUCCGCCGGAGAUGCCUCGCCCCGGAGAAGCACGAGAGUACUAUGAAGGAGCGCGCAAAGAAUAUGACCGUGUACGAGAAAAUUCAGCGCCCUCCCAGCAACGGCCGCAAUAUCAGCAGCCUCAUGGAGCAGAAAACGGCCAGCACAGUUAUUCGCAGCCUCAGAUUAACGUCACGCCAGCACACGUGCCUACACCGCCACCGCGACAGGGAUACGCAGAACUCGAUGCGGAGACUCCCGGUCGGUAUCGCCCCUACGGCAAUGAAAAAACUGGAAGAGGAAAGUCAAACUCGUUCUCGGGGCGGUACAGGGAUGAUGACAUGGAUAUGCGGGAUCCCCCGCCCGCUUACCGCGAGUGA